AUGAAUUCGAUUAAAAAUAUUGAUUUAGAAAAUAAGCUCACUGAAAAUUCUGAAUCAUCGCCUUUCAAGUCUCGAAGAACGCUCAUUAAUAGAUAAAACACUGAAACGAGUUUAUACUUAAAAAAUCUACAUAAAAACCUUUAAUAUAUAGAAUCAAUAAGUGCGAAUCAAGAAUAGAAGAGAGGAUUUAAGAUUAAAAAAAGACAUGAAUAUGUAUCAAAGUUUAUAAAAAAUCUGCGAUCACCUCAAAAUCAUUAUUCCAAACUGACGAAUUAUCACUUCUCCUUGAUAGAUGAUCUGGCAACAUAUGAUAGCAAGAAAAAUCAAUCGCUUGCUUUAAGAACAAUAGAGAAAAUAAUAUGUUUCCAAAAAUUCAUAGAAAUUACAAGUAAUCUGAUAAAUAAGCUGCCGCUAUUUCAACCUGAUUCAUAAUACAAAAGCAUAUGGGAUGUUAUGACCAUUGUGGCUCGGCUCUACUUUCUUUAUCUGAUACCCUUAGAUAUGGCUUGGAUUGAGUAGGAGUUUAUCUUUUAACUAUUUCAGCCGAUAUCCUACAUAAUGCUGAUUCUGGUUGUAAGUGAUUAAAUCCUGGAAUUUAAUACAGCCUACUACGAAUGUGGUUAAAUAGUGAAUUCAAGGAUCCGGAUUUUUAAGAACAGCAUUUUACGAAACUAUAGUACUGAAUGGAUUUCAACUUUCAUAUUGAUAAUCUACACUUUUUUAUAAUUUGAAUAUAGAAUUCGGAUAGACCCUUCGGAGAACGUGGUGCAUUUGUCGUUGAUGUUGUUUAUCAUCCACGCUAGCAGAGUGAGAUAGACGGUUAAACAUUACGAGUAGAGUUUGAAUGUAAAUAAGAAGCUCUCGUCAAUGAUACAAUUAGGGAAGUUCAUUUUGUUUUUGUUUUACUUCUUGCACAUAUUUGCUUGUUUUUGGUUUUGGAUAGGCUCCUAUAGUUUACAAAGCGGAGGAAAUAGUUGGGUGAGCAUAUCUCAGGUGCAGGAUCUGGAUUGGAAUUUGCAAUAUUUGGAGGCCUUCUACUUUUCGACAGUGACAAUGUUCACUGUGGGAUAUGGGGACGUGGCUCCGGUGUCUAAUUUGGAGAAGGCGACUUCAGUAUUGUUCAUAAUGAUUACCAGUAUUUAAUUGCCUUAUUCCAUAAACACGGUUGGGAAGUUCAUAGAGGAGAUAACAGCUUACGGGGAGGAGACGAUGAAGAAAUUGAGCAUAAUCAACGCAUACAUGGAGAAGAGGAAGAUUUCUUUUAAUUUGUAAAUGGAAAUCAGACAAUACUUGAAUUAUUAUUGGUAAACGUAGAACCAAUAGGACAAUGAGGAUCAGAAGAAGAUAAUCAAUCAGUUGUCGGAAUGUUUGAAGGAGAGAUUGAUGGGGGAGGCCUAUCAGUCGAUGUUGAAUGAUUGUCCUUUGUUUAAGAAUCGAUUCAGUCAGAGUUUGAAACAGUUGCUGGUGAAGAAGGUGAGGAGUGUGAUCUACCCACCCGAGUCGUUUAUUGAUAAUGAUUAAAUAUAUUUAUGCUUUAUUGAUGAGGGGGAGGUGGAGAUCCAUUUGGAGAUCAAUAAGCAAUUUCCUGUGGGAAGAUAGAUGAAGGGACACAGUUUGGGUAUAAGCAGUUUUAUAACUGGUAAGAAUGCUCCUGAGAGAUUCAAGUGUCUAUCUUUCACAAAGGUAAUGUUGUUAAGUAGAGACGACUUUUUGAAAUGUCUACAUGAAUGUCCAUAGGAUUUCGAGAUCUUUUGCGAGAUGAGGGAUUACUUGACAUACAAUCAAGGGAAGCAAUUGUACCCGACAAACUGUUUUUCGUGCGAUUCGAAUCAACACAAGUUGAUCGAAUGUCCUCUGGUUCAUUUUGUACCUGAUAAAGAGCAGAUUCUGAAGAAACACAUAAAGUCACAAUUGCAGGAGAGAUAGAUCAAUAGACAGAGAUUCACGUUCAGAUAGAACAAUUGCAGAGGGAAUUUGUCCGAAUUGACCAGGGCAGCUUGGAGGAUCCAAUCUCAGAGGUUUGAGAGAAUGAAGUUAUAUUAUGAUUCUGAGGAGAUCAAGAGACAGAUGAGGAAGAGCAGGAGUGUGUCGUUUUACAAUGAGAAGGACAUCGUAUCUGAGUACAAACAUAGGUUUAUUCAUAUAGUCAAAAUGAUUAUAUACAUUAAUAGAUUGAGGAUUCUUCCGAAAACGAGAAUAAAGAAGAAUCCGUAGAACAACGAAUAAUGUUUGGCUUAGUUGUAUGAUAGACUGAAAUUGGCGAAGAGGAGUGAGAAGAAUUUCCACAAGGAGAUUAUUGAGAUUUAAGAUCUUAUUGACAAAUUACAUUAAAAGUAAAGUUUACAUGAUUUUGAAAUCAAUCGUGAAUAUCAAUUUUAUAACUGUGGCAAUAAUUUAUCAAGGAUCCCCAAUUUACACACUAAGUUGAAGAUCGGAUUAAUCAUGAAAUUCAUGCCCUACUUCCUAUUCCCAGGAGAAAUAAUAAAAAGAUUUGGAUGCAAACCUUCAAUUCGGAAUAUCAUUAAUUAUAGAAGAAGAAAGAAUGUGAUUUUGAUUUGA